AUGGUGAAUGAAGACCCUAACCAACAGGACCACGAUGGCACCCCUUCGCAAACUUCGGCGCUCCAGGAGCACCCCAAUCUCUCAAUCCACCCCAGCGUCUCAACCCACCCCAGCGUCUCCGCCCACCCCAGCAUCUCAGCUCACCCCAGCGUCUCGGCUCACCCCAGCGUCUCGGCCCACCCCAGCGUCUCGAUCCACCCCAGCGUCUCUGUAUACCCUAGUAGUUCGGCCCACCCAAGUACCUUGGCUCAACCCAGUGGCUUGAUCCAACCCAGUAGCUCGGGCCCUGAAGAUCUUAGCGUGAUCAAGGUGAGCAAGCGCCGGUGGGCGGUGGUCCUGGUGUUCAGCUGCUACUCCAUGUGCAACGCCUUCCAGUGGAUCCAGUACGGCUCCAUCAAUAACAUCUUCAUGAACUUCUAUGGGGUCAGUGCCUUUGCCAUCGACUGGCUGUCCAUGUGCUACAUGCUGACCUACAUCCCUCUGCUCCUGCCCGUGGCCUGGCUCUUGGAGAAGUUCGGCCUGCGGACCAUCGCCCUCGCUGGCUCUGCUCUCAACUGCCUGGGGGCCUGGGUGAAGCUGGGCAGCCUGAAGCCACAUCUCUUCCCAGUCACUGUGCUGGGCCAGGUCAUCUGCUCCGUGGCCCAGGUCUUCAUCCUGGGUAUGCCCUCCCGCAUUGCUUCCGUCUGGUUCGGGGCUAACGAGGUGUCAACCGCCUGCUCCAUAGCUGUUUUUGGCAAUCAGCUUGGAAUUGCCAUUGGGUUCUUGGUCCCUCCUGUCUUGGUACCCAACAUCAAAGACCAGGACAAGCUUGCCUACCACAUCAGCAUCAUGUUCUACAUAAUAGCAGGUGUGGCCACUCUGCUUUUCAUCCUUGUCAUCAUCGUAUUCAAAGAGAAGCCUAAACAUCCCCCCAGCAGGGCCCAGUCCCUGAGCUAUGCCUUGGCGUCCACUGAUGCUUCUUACUUAAGUUCCAUCAUCCGACUCUUCAAAAACCUCAACUUUGUGCUGCUAGUCAUCACCUAUGGUCUGAAUGCUGGUGCUUUUUAUGCCUUGUCCACUCUGCUGACUCGCAUGGUGAUCUUCCACUAUCCGGGGGAAGAAGUGAAUGCUGGAAGAAUCGGCCUGACCAUCGUCCUUGCAGGAAUGCUUGGGGCUGUGAUCUCAGGCAUCUGGCUGGAUAGGACCAAAACCUACAAGCAGACAACUUUGGUGGUCUAUGUCAUGACUCUGGUAGGCAUGGUGGUCUACACAUAUACUUUAAACCUGGGACACCUGUGGGUAGUGUUCAUCACGGCUGGCGCAAUGGGCUUCUUUAUGACUGGCUACCUCCCAUUGGGAUUUGAAUUUGCCGUGGAGCUGACAUACCCAGAAUCAGAAGGCAUGUCAUCUGGCCUCCUCAACGUGUCUGCCCAGGUAUUCGGGAUCAUCUUCACGAUCUCCCAGGGCCAGAUUAUUGACAACUAUGGAACCAUGCCUGGGAACAUCUUCCUGUGUGUCUUUCUGACCCUUGGAGCAGUGCUCACUGCAUUCAUCAAGGCAGAUCUCCGGAGGCAGGAUGCAAACAAAGAAAUUCCUGAAAAUAAACCCCAGGAAGGGGAGGAGGAGGAGGACAGCAAGAGCAGCAAAGCCCCCACCACUGUCCGGGAGGAGCGUCUCUGA